CAGCGAGCAGCAUGGAAGCGCCCUGGGGGACCACCAACGCUGAGCCCGGCUGGUUUGUCUCUGCCCAGCAGUCAGAAGAGGCGGAGGCGGAAGAGUUGAGCCCGUUGCUUAGCAACGAACUUCAGCGACAGGGAUCCCCAGGUGUUUCAUUUGGUUUCUCAGUGUUUAAUUUGAUGAAUGCCAUCAUGGGAAGUGGCAUCCUUGGCUUAGCUUAUGUUAUGGCUCAUACUGGUAUCCUUGGAUUUAGUUUCUUGCUGCUGAUAGUCGCUCUCCUGGCUUCUUAUUCAGUUCAUCUCCUGCUCAGUUUGUGUAUUCAGACAGCUGUGACAUCUUAUGAAGAUCUUGGACUCCUUGCAUUUGGAUUACCUGGAAAGGUGGUGGUGGCAGGCACCAUAGUAAUUCAGAAUAUUGGAGCUAUGUCAUCUUAUCUAUUAAUUAUUAAAACAGAGCUUCCUGCUGCUAUUUCAGAAUUUUUGUCUGGAGACUAUAGUGGGUCUUGGUAUCUGAAUGGAGAAACACUACUAAUAAUCAUUUGUGUUACCAUUGUGUUCCCUCUUGCACUUCUUCCUAAAAUAGGCUUUCUUGGCUACACAAGUAGUUUAUCAUUUUUCUUUAUGGUGUUCUUUGCUCUUGUGAUAAUAAUUAAAAAAUGGUCCAUCCCUUGUCCUCUGACAUUAAAUUAUGUAGAGCAACACUUCCAGAUUUCAAAUGCUACAGAUGAUUGUAAACCAAAGCUCUUUCAUUUCUCCAAAGAGAGUGCUUAUGCCAUACCAACCAUGGCUUUUUCAUUUCUCUGCCACACCUCAAUAUUGCCCAUAUACUGUGAACUUCAAAGCCCUUCUAAGAAAAGGAUGCAGAAUGUAACCAAUACAGCAAUUGCUUUCAGUUUUCUCAUUUAUUUUAUAUCUGCACUCUUUGGGUACCUCACUUUUUAUGACAAUGUGGCGUCAGAAUUACUACAAGAUUAUAGCAAACACUUGCCACAUGAUGUUGUCGUCAUGACUGUGAAGUUAUGCAUACUGUUUGCUGUGCUUUUGACCGUCCCUCUAAUCCACUUCCCUGCAAGGAAAGCUUUAAUGAUGAUGUUUUUCUCCAAUUUUCCAUUCUCAUGGAUUCACCAUUCUUUAAUCACUGUGGCUCUCAAUAUUAUCAUUGUUUUACUUGCGAUAUAUGUUCCUGACAUUAGGAAUGUAUUUGGUAUAGUUGGUUCCAGUACAUCAACGUGUUUGAUUUUUGUGUUCCCAGGACUGUUUUAUCUUAAACUGAGCAGAGAGGAUUUUCUCUCAUGGAAAAAGUUUGGGGCGUUUGCUUUGUUCAUCUUUGGUAUUUUGGUUGGUAACUUUAGUUUAGCACUCGUGAUUUUUAGUUGGGUUAAUAAGUGAAAGAAAUAUUUUCCCACUUCUUAUGAAGAAUAAUUUACCUCCAUAUACAAAAAGGAAUUUUUCUGGAAGACACCUUGGAUGAAUCCUCUUUAUAGGUGUUGAUGUUUUUGCAAACUUUAACAGAAAAGCAGAACAAAACAGGAGUGGGGAAAGGAGACGUAGCAGUUUUAAUCAAAACAGGAAACAAAUUCAAAAUGCUCUUAAAUAUGUUGAGCAUCUUUUGUUUGUGGGGUUUUUUUUUUAAUUAGUAGACUUUAUUUUUUAGGGUGCUUUUAAUGUUUACAGAAAUAAUUGAGCAGCAAGUGCAGAGAGUUCUCAUAGAUUCUCUCAUUCCAGCGCACCCUUAUUCCUAACAUCUUGCACUAGUGAGGGACAUUUGUUGUAUUUGAUGAGCCAAUAUUGGUACAUUAUUGUUAACUGAAGUUCAGAGUUUACAUUAGGGUUCACUUUUGAUGCAAGCAUUGGCAACCACUGAUCUUUUUACUGUAUCCGUAGAAACCAUGAGCAUUUCCCCAUGAGCCUUUCCUAAAAUGUCAUUUGGUGGAAUCAUACAGUAUCUCACCUUUCAGACUGGCUUCUUUCACUUAGCAAUAUGUGUUUAACUUCGCUGUCUUUUCAUACCUUGAUAGCUCUUUUUUUUUAAUCACUGAUAAUAUUCCAAUAUAUGAAUGUACCACAGUUUCUUUUUCCUUUCACCUGUUGAAUGACCUCUUGUUUGCUUCCAGAUUUUGGCAUUUGUAAAUAAAGUUGCUAUAAACAUUUGUAUGCGGAUUUUUGUGUGGACUUAAAUUUUCAGCUUCUUUGGGUUAAUACCAAAGACUAUUUCUUAGCAAUUGCUGCAUGGUAUGGUAGAAUACUUAGUCUUGUAAGAGACUUCCCAACUGCCCUCCAAAGUGGCUGUAAUAUUUUGCAGUUAUGUGUGAGAGUUCCUGUUGUUCCACAUCCUCGCCAGCGUUGGCUGUUGUCAGUGUUUUGGAUUUUUGCCAUUCUUUUGGGUGUGCAGUUGUAGAUCAUUGUUGUGUUAAUUUGCAUUUCCCUAAUGACAUAUGAUGUUGAGCGUCUUUUCACAUGUUUGUUUGCCAUCUGUAUGUUUUGUUUGGUGAGGUUCAGAUCUUUAAAACUGGGUUUUUUUUUCAUUGUUGAGUUGUAAGCAUUCUUUGUAUAUUUUAGAUACCAAUCUUUUAUCAGAUAGGUGUUUUGCAAAGAUUUUCUCUCAGCCCAUGGAUUGCCUUUUCAUUCUCUUAACAUCUUUCACAUAGAAGUUUUUAAUGUUAUUAACUAUAUUGAGACAAUUUUC